AUUUGAAGGCAAACAGACUUUCGGCGAAAAAUUAAUCACAAAAACAAUCGUCUGUUUUGACACUCGAAGACAACUGAUCCCAAGACGUGAAGUGUCGCCCCAUUUGGCGCCGACACACCCCCGACCCGGAGGAACAGCUGCCAAAUGAUGUCAUUGAAGCACAAGAGGGCGCGCAUCGACACCACGGACACCGUCGGCCACAAUAAUGGGUCCAACGGUUCCCUAUCGGUGGUCGACCACAAAGACAAACUCCUGCUCCACAUCCAUGAGCUAUACCUUCGCAAAGACUAUUCGGACGUGAAGUUCGAGUUCGGGCCGGACGUCAUCUACGGCCAUAAGCUGGUGCUGUCCAUCAACAGCAAGUGGCGACACCUGAUCCACGACGAGUCGACAGUAGACAUGGAGGACACGCCACUGACGGCCUUCAAAGAGCUGUUGAGAUACCUAUACACCGGGCGUCUGGACCUCGAGAGCUAUGAGCCGGAGAUGUUGGCGGAGAUCCGACAACUGGCCGAACGGUUCGAUAUGCGGGACUUGAGUCGACCCAUUCAGGACAUGGAGGACAUCAAAGUGAAUGCCGACAACUGUGUCCAACUGUACGCCGACGCCGCCAUCGACUCCCAGACGGGACAGUCGUGUUUGGCGUACAUCGCGCACAACCUCCAGGAGUUGCUAUAUUUGGAUGAGUUCUUCGAUCUGGACGUCGACCACAUGUUCGCUAUCUUCUCGCGACACGAUCUCAACGUCAACGAGCAGACAGUCUUCGAGGCCGUCAAGAAGUACAUCACCGGCGACGGAAAGGGAGAUAAGCGGCGGCUGUUGAGCGCCGUUCGCUUUUCGCUGCUGCCAUUCGAGUACAUCUGGACGACUGUCCGCAAGUUCUGCGACGAGUCGUGGCUCAUAACUGUGGAGGAGUUGUCGGCGAUAUCGGCGGCGAAGGCGAAGCUAACGGAGCACAAGCCGGACAUCAGAGAGCGCGCCCACUGUCUUCCCGAUGCCGUCGAUGUGGUGGCGCUCAGAGCCAAACAGCCGCUCUCGACACGCGUUCUGAAGGGCAAAGUGGGCGACACCGGCGAUGAGGCCAAUGCCGUGGAACUGGACUUAGGGCUCCUGUACCUCAUCAACGGCUUGGGACUCAUGCUGUCGUCGGCUUCCAAAGUGCGCUACGCCUUCAAACUGGAGACCUCUGUGGACAGGAAGGACUGGCAGCUGUUGUACGACUUCACCAAAUACCACACGAGUAAUAAACUAGAUCUCAAUUUCGACCCACAAGUGGUCCGGUAUAUACGGCUGUCCAAUGCGAUCAGUUACCCGGAUUGGGCCGAAAAGCGCAAGGAGUCGAAGCCGGUGCGCAAAAUCCAGAACAUAGUGGCCGUGUAUGAGGAGCCCCAGGGUAUAGUGCGGCUCCGGGACCACCUGUUGGCCUCGAAAUACUUGUACAAAGACCUGGCCUGUGAUUUCACGUACAAGUCGUGGCAUAAAAAAGACAACAAAUACUUCUAUGUGUGCGCUCUGAACGACCCCAUAGUCUGCAUACUGUCCCAACCCGUGUGGAUGGAGGCGAUCAGUCUGUACUUACCUGAGGACGAGGUGGACCGGGAGUACAACUUCACGGUUGAGGUCACGAGUGAGCCAUUAGUCGAGUUUAAGGCGAACGGAGGCAGAGGUGAUAAGACGGCGUCGAAGGGCUGGCUAAUGGUCGGCGACUUUAGGGAUGAGUCGCGUAGGGGUGAUGUGGAGGUGACCUUUGAGGCCACGAUUGUCAACGCAUUCCGUGUGACCGGCACUCGCAUUGUGAACCCCAAGGGAAAGGAAAAGGACUUUGCGGUCGAAAUCCCCCUUGAGGGGCCGGACGGAGCCGUUCUCGUCGGGUAUAAUGAAGCCACUGGUGUCGGGCUCAUCGGUAAUGCCGGCCCAGAAGUAGGCGUCCGGUGCCGACCCGUCGUAGUUGAGGUUUUUGAUGCGAAUCGUACGCAACUGGGGGUCCGACAGGUCGGCAAACACCUGACCGGUCAGCCCGUGGGCAUAGGUCGGGAACUCACCCAACAGUUGGUGGCUGUUGUCGACCACCACUUGACCGGUGAUGGAGUGUAUGAUAUAUAUGACCAAAAUCAGCACUAA